ACUGAGUAGAAAUAUAGUAAUAUGACAAAUCUAUUUACAGAUGCAUCAAAUGAUCAAAAGUAUUUAAUUGAUUUAGGUGGCGCUAAAAAACAAUUAAAGAGGAAGCGUCAGCAGAUCACGUGAUCUUGGCGUCACUCUGUUUGAGUUUGCAGUGUGCACUGCAGGAUUUACUCACAUUAUUUUUGGGAAGUGUGAAAAGUUGUUUGGGCUUGGCGCUUUUGCGCGUUUAUUUAUUGCUUUUUUUGAGGCUGCAGGCUCAGUUUGUGGCUUCUAGGAUUUUUAAAGACUGAUAUUAUAAAGAAUGGGUCCGAAACAGAGCAGUCCAUCUGUGAGUGUUCGGGUCAGGUCUUACUCCGGUUCAGAUGUGAACAGCGGGAACGCUCGAGCUGCGGUUCUGCGCUAUUACGCGGGCGGUUCGACGGGACAGAUCGGCGAACGGGUCCAGUAUUCGCCGCACAGACCAGGUUCAUUCAUCCAGAGCGCCAUUAUACCCACCAGCGGGCGGAGAGAUGAGACAGACGGGCAGAGAACACUGCUGAUCGGCUCCUUACCUGCACACCUGACGCCUCACCUGCUGGGCGAUGAUGUUUUAUCUCAGGACUCUGGUGAGUGUUCAAUAUGUCUGGAUGACAUGGUUCAGGGGGACACCAUCGCUCGACUGCCCUGUCUCUGUGUCUACCAUAAAGGGUGUAUUGAUGCAUGGUUUGAGGUCAGCAGGUCGUGUCCAGAACAUCCCACAGAUUAACAUUCAAACAGGUAUUUCCAGUAAAGAAGAGCAGCAGAAAAGGCCUCAGUUGAUAUUUUCUCAAGGAUCUGAGCAGCUUUAAUAUGGAUAUAAAACCUGCUGUGCCUUAUCUGAAUGAAAGCAUAAAUAUACUUUGCACAGUUCUGUUAUUAAACCUGAAGGCUGUUUAACAGUAAUCUAGCUGCCAUCUUUUUACCCAUGAUGCUCGGUAGAGAUCAGGUGAUGGACUACAGUAUUACUGCUUCAUGUGCUUCAUUCAGGAUUUCAUGAUCAAUAACCACAUGAUAGGAUUUUUUUUUUUUCUCCCCCAAAAGGAGUUUCUGGUGAACUGUUGUUAUCCAAAGAAAUAGUUUUGUUUUAAUUUAAAGACACAACUAUAGAGGAAGAUAAAUGACAGAAUGUUUGUAACAAUGUGGCAUUUGUUUGUAGACUUUUAAUUUUUGAAAUUACUUUUACAAGAAAUUGACCUAUUAAUGGUUAUUUGUGUUUACUGAUAUGUUUUUGACAAGUGCUGUUAAUUUUUUCAAUGUGUUGCUGUGUAUAUAACAGGUAGGCUACUUGUGAUGAACAAAAUAAUACAUAAUAAUCUAUAUAAUAUUCCCAUGAGUUGUUAUCUGCAAGCAUAAAUCCAUCAUUAUAAAUUAACUCUAAGUGUAAA